AUGAAUGAGCCACUCGACAAUUUAGCAAAUGCUUCUGCUUUCCCCGAUUAUGCAGCUGCUUUUGGAAAUUGCACUGAUGAAAAAAUCUCAUUCAAGAUGCGCUACCUCCCAGUUAUUUACAGCAUUAUCUUCCUCAUGGGCUUUCCAGGGAAUGCAGUCGCGAUCUCCACUUACAUUUUCAAAAUGCAGCCCUGGAAAAGCAGCACCAUCAUCAUGCUGAACCUGGCCUGCACAGAUCUGCUGUAUCUGACCAGCCUCCCUUUCCUGAUUCACUACUACGCCAGUGGGGAAAACUGGAUCUUCGGGGAUUUCAUGUGCAAGUUUAUCCGCUUCAGCUUCCAUUUCAACCUGUACAGCAGCAUUCUCUUCCUUACCUGUUUCAGCAUCUUUCGCUACUUUGUGAUCAUUCACCCGAUGAGCUGCUUUUCCAUUCACAAAACCCACUGGGCAGUGGUAGCCUGUGCUGUGGUGUGGAUCGUUUCGCUGGUGGCUGUCAUCCCCAUGACAUUCCUGAUCACAUCCACCACCAGGACCAACAGAUCUGCCUGCCUUGACCUCACCAGUUCGGAUGACCUCACUACUAUUAAAUGGUACAAUCUAAUUUUGACUGCAACCGCUUUCUGCCUCCCCUUGGUGAUAGUGACACUUUGCUACACAACAAUCAUCUACACCUUGACCCAAGGACCUCAGACUCACAGCUACCUUAAGCAGAAAGCUCGAAGGCUAACCAUUCUGCUACUCCUUGUGUUUUAUGUAUGUUUUUUACCCUUCCAUAUCUUGAGGGUCAUUCGGAUUGAAUCUCGCCUGCUCCCAAUCAGCUGCUCCAUCGAGAACCAGAUCCAUGAAGCUUACAUCGUUUCCAGACCCUUAGCUGCCCUGAACACCUUUGGGAACCUGUUACUGUACGUGGUGGUCAGUGACAACUUUCAGCAGGCCGUCUGCUCCAUGGUGAGAUGCAAAGUGAACGGAGACCUCGAGCAGGCAAAGAAAAUCAGUUACCCCAACCACCCUUGA